AUGCGGCUGUCACCAUUGCUGCUGCUGCUGCUGGCCGCGACGCAGCUGCUCGUUGCGCCCGCCAGCGCAAUCUAUGAGGACCAAGCCGGUCUCUUUGACUGGCGUUUCCAAGCAGUCGGCGCUGUCAAGUUCGCCAUCCUCGGCGGCGAGUCGGCUGCUGCUUCAUCGUCGUCUUCGUCCACUGCUUCGCAUUACCGUGGCUGGGUCUUUGUUGCGACCGAGUCGAACGCCGUCGCCGCGCUCUCGUCCGCCUCAGGCGAUAUUGUUUGGCGCCAGGUCUUUUCCGAGAACGACGCCAUCGACGGCAUGAUCCUUCAUGGCAACGGUUUGUUCACGCUCUCCGAGAACGGGCGGCGAUUGCGCAAGUGGCUGCCGGAAGCCGGUACGAUUGUUUGGGAGCAUCUUGUCGACGUUGGCGACCACUCUGGCGAAGCACAGCUGCUUGCAGCCACUUCAAGCAAUCGCGCCGUUGUCGUCGUCGUUGCCGGGGGCGUGGUUGCCGCGUUUGACGCGUCCGGUCAACCCACUGCAUCUUCCAACUGGCAAGCCAAGCUUCCAGAAGGAUUUGCAGCUGUGUCAGCUCGCGUCAACGCCGACGAGGCUCAAAUCGUCGGCCGUCUGUCUGGUGCACUCUCGGUGGUUUCUGUCGAUUUCUUGACUGCUGCAGUCACCCCUGUUGGCACCGUCGCUGAUCAGCAAAGCUCCCGCGUGUCCUUCUUUGGCGACGACGGGCUCUUGCUUGCAUCUUUGAACGGCGCGCUCACCUUCGCUUCCAUCUCCAAGCGCACCACCGUCACCUUGCAAUCCAGCUUGGCCAAGACGUCUCCCAUUCCUGAGGUCUCGAUCACCCUGCUGUCGGCGUCGAUGGCCGUCGUCUCGUUCGACCGCCAUCAUCACGUUUUUGUUCAUCAGUCGGGCGCGUCUGUCGCGGUUGCGCGCACCAUUACUGGCGCCUACGUCUUUGCGCCGGUCGUGAACAAGGGCGCUGCAUCCGUUGUGGCAAUUCAAGUCAACACCCAGGACACGCUUGUCAGUGUCUGGUCGCUUGCGUCCGUCGAAUCUUCCCAAAAGGAUUUGCCAUCUCCCGCUGUCCUCCCCGCUCUCGACCGCUCGCCCGUGUUUGGCGAUAGCGCAGCAACCGAGCUGCCUUCUGGUCGUUUCCCCUGGCGCGCGUUUACUCACGCCACCAUUUCCCCUUCUAGCCCCUUUGCUGCCCUGGUUGUUCAGUCGGACGGUCGAUUGGUCAUGUUGACCGUGUCGCAGGAAGCGGCUUCCAGCGCCGGGUCCAACCGCGCCCUCUGGGCUCGUGAAGAGGCGCUGGCCAGCGUUGUUCAGUCCGAGUUUGCAGAUCUGCCUUCGCGCCAAGCCGACACCCUCGACCACGAGUUUGGCCACUCUGCUGGCUUUGUGGGUCGCAUCACCACCCAAACCAAGCAACUGCUCGCUGCCCUCCUCUCUCCUGCAUCCCUGCUUUCGCCGGUACUCUCCAUUGUGGCGCCUGCAGCCAAGACAUCCAAGCGUGCCGUUCUGGCGCACCCUUCGCUCUUGGACGCCAGUUACCCUGGCGCGGAAGGUCUGACCCCCGACAACUUUGGCUUCCGCAAGGUGAUUGUCGCCGUCACCGAGACUGGCAGUGUCUUUGGUCUCAGCACGGACGACGGUGCCAUUCUGUGGAAGGCGCGCAUCAACUCUGCCCCUUCCGACGGUUUGGCGUUGGACAUUUCUGGCUCGUCGUCCUUGUUUGUGCUCCGCACGACGGCGCACUUCCCCCUCCCUCCGGCGGUGGCCAUUGUUGCAACCGGCAAGGGCCGCAGCGUCACGUUCGUCCUCAACCCCAUCACUGGCAAGCUCUUCCCAACCAUGCAUGCCAGCGGCCAGGAGCACGACGCCCUCACCGGUGUUGUCGAGCUGCCUUUUGUUGCGUCCCAAGUGCUGCUACUGCCAACCGUUGGCCCCAGCGAAGCACGCGUUCUCCUCUUUGUCAACCCCAGCGACACGCGCGCUGAAACCGUCCCCAAGUCGGCUGCCGCCGUUGCCGCCGUGCAGCAGUAUGACAAGCUCACUCCCAUCCAUGUCUACUCUGUCGAGGCGGAUGGCCGUGGCCUUCGUGGCUACUCGCUUGAAUUUUCCGGUUCUAACGAGCACAUUCGACUCGCUCCUACCUGGACGGUCGCCUGGGCCAGCGACGAUGAGCGAGUUGCGGCAGUGGCGUCGCGUGCCAGCUACGAGCGCAUCAACAGUGUCGGCCGCGUCCUCGGCGACCGCAACGUCCUGUACAAGUACCUCAACCCGAGCAUGCUGGCUGUUGGCACCCUGAGCUCUUCCGCAGCCUCCCGCACCUCUCGCAAUCUGCACGUGUACGUCAUCAACACUGUUACCGGAGCCAUCAUCUUCCGCGCCGUUCACGACAAGGCCAGCGUCCCAGUCAUUGUUCAGUGCGAAAACUGGGUCGUGUACCAAUUCUGGAACGCCAAGGCUCGCCGCACCGAGAUCACCGUGCUUGAAAUGUUUGAAGACGAGUCUCGUGCUGCCGAAAAGACCACGUUCUCGGCUUUCGAUGGCGCGCUCCCCACCGUCCUUCGCCAAUCCUUCAUUUUCCCGACUUCCAUUUCAACGAUGGCAGUGACGACGACUGUCGGCGGCAUUACGAACAAGCAGAUUCUCGCUGCUCUCCCUGCGGGCUGGAUUUUUGCGUUGGACAAGUUCUUGCUCGAUCCUCGCCGUCCCGUCGGCACACCAUCUGAAGAGGACAAGGAAGAGGGAUUGAUCCCGUACAUGGCCGAGCUGCCUUUCAUGACCACGUCCAUUAUCAACUACAACCAAACAAUUUCACGAUUGAGAGGCAUCCACACCGGCCCUGCAGCACUCGAGUCUGCCAGCUUGGUGUUUGCUCACGGUGUUGACAUUUUCCACACUCGCGUGCAUCCUUCCAAAACAUUCGACGUGUUGAAUGAGGACUUUAACUUUUUCCUCUUGAUGACAACGCUUGUUGUGCUGAUAGUGGGCACCAUUGUAUCGUCCUCCAUGCUCAAGCGGAAGCGAUUGGAAGCAGCGUGGCAGUAG